AUGCUCUUCUCGCUGCGUCAGAGGCUGCGACCAGCCGUCACGACCAUCGCGCAGUCCGCGGCCCGCAGUGGUCGUCGUAUCGCUCAGACUGAUCGCUCCCUGCGUUUCGAGCGCGCAGCAGCCGGGCGACUCAUCCCCAUAAACUGUUGCAAUGGACGUUCGUUCUCCUCCUCGCCGAUUGUUGGAGUGGCAAACGACGACCGAGUCGUUGAAGACCUGCCGUCAGAAGGAGUAGAGCAGGCGCUGGACGCUGCUACCUCGGCGGUAGAGUACGCAUCUGUGUCGGAUCUUGGCUACGGGUUGUCUGACAUUGCCAUUCGCUCGCUGGAUGUGAUUCACUCCACGACGGGACUCCCGUGGUGGGCGACCAUCAUCGCGACUACCGUUGCCGUGCGCACGGUUUUCUUUCCGAUCACGGUCGUUUCGAUGAGAAAUGCAGCCAAGAUGAAGCUGUUUCAGCCUGACAUGGAGAAGUUGCGCGCCGAGAUGGACGCUAACCCGACUCGAGAUCCAGAGUCUGUGAUGCAGUUCCAGAAGAAGUAUAAAGCGUUGAUGAAGAAGCACGGCGUGAACCCGCUCAAGAGCAUACUCACGCCGUUGGCGCAGAUACCAGUCUUCAUCGGGUUCUUCUGGGGUUUACAGGACAUCUCCAAGUAUUUUCCGGAGUAUGCACACGAGGGCAUUGGCUGGGUGACCGACCUCUCCGCCGCGGACCCGACGACAGCGCUUCCUAUAAUAUCCUCUGCUCUAUUGGUCGCGUCCGUCGAACUCGGUGGCGACGCCAUGACUGGCGAAAUGAAAGACAAGAUGAAAUUCGGUAUGCGUUGCUUUGCCGUCAUCAUGGUCCCGCUCACCAUGAACUUUCAGUCGGGAAUCUUCGUAUACUGGGUGACGUCGAACAUGUACACGCUGACGCAAACGGCUUUGUUGCGGCUGAACUUUGUCAAGCGUGCGUUUAAGAUUCCGGUGACAGAAGUGCAGCGCCUGGAAACGUCCAGCGUCACAUUGACGUCGCCUUUCGAAGCUGCAGUGGCCCGUGCGAAGGAGGGCACGAUCGUCAAGACGCACGUGUACAAACCGACCAAGCCGUCCAAGAAGAAACAGUGA